GCUGCCACUUUCUGCUUUCACGUUGUCUUCCGAGCUCUCUUUCAUGGCUGGAAAAGGCGAACUCGCGUCUUUCUUCAUCUUUUUCCUUUGCCUCUACCCAUCUUUGGAGGAGCAAACGUGGGUCAAGUCCGGUUACUUCUACGCCGGCAGCGAAAUCCCGGUCUCGGACAUCGAUUCCUCCUUGUUCUCUCACCUCAUAUGCGCUUUCGCUUCCAUCGACUCUCCGGCCCAUCCGUUCUCCUUCAACUCCUCCUUUGAGCAAAUCUUCUCCACCUUCACGAGCACCGUGAAACGCAAGAACCCUUCGAUCACCACGCUGCUGUCAGUGUGGGCAGGCGGAGAGGAUCCUUCCGCUUUCGCUUCGAUGCUCGGCGAGUCUUCUUCAAGAAGGUCCUUUAUCGAAUCCACCAUAGAAAAGGCAAGGCUUUAUGCGUUCAGUGGGAUUGAUCUCUUUGGGGUCUGGCUCGGUAGGAGCAUUAACAUUACCAAUUUGAGUGUUCUUUUGGGAGAGUGGAGAGAUGGAGUAGAUGCCGAAUCGAGGAAAUCCGGGAAACCUCGGUUGCUGCUAGCGAUGGGUGUAUAUUGUCAGUCCAUUGUUGACUCUCUGAGUUUCCCACUUGAUUCAGUUCAGAGAUAUUUGGACUGGGUUCACCUAAUUGCUUACGAUUACCAUCUCCCCACCAGGGAAAAGUUUGCCCUCCCUCAUGCUGCUUUAUUUGACCCCGCAAGCCAUAACAACACAGACUUCUGCAUAACUUGGUUGCUGACUAGAGGAUUUCCUGCAAGAAAGCUGGUGCUGGGCUUGCCCUACCAUGGCUAUGCUUGGCAGCUCGAGGAUUCGAGCGGCGAUGCCAUUGGCCAUCCAGCGGUGGGCCCUGCUGAGACGGCAGAUGGGGCAUUUGCAUACAAGGCCAUCAAAUCAUUUAUCCAAGAUUUUGGUUACGGAGCCAGUUCUGUUUAUAAUGGUACAUAUGUUGUGAACUUUUACAGCAAGGGGUUGGUAUGGAUCAAUUUCGAUGAUGUGGAGGCCAUUCGAGCCAAAGUAACUUAUGCCAAGGAAAAGGGGCUUCUUGGUUACAGUGUGUUUCAGAUUAACAGCGAUCAGAACUGGGUUCUUUCCAGGACAGCUCAAGAAGCCGGUGAAGAUCAGCAAGAAAGGCGAUGGUUCUGGCUAGUUAUGCUUAUUUCGAUUGCUAUAGUUGUUCUCCUUAUAUUUGGCCUGAUAUGCUACUUACAGAGGAGAACAUUGAAAUCAGAAGGUAUUUCAGGUGUAAUAAAAGGAUUUAGUAGGCAAUUAAAGACUAUGGUGUGUAAAGGUGAAAGUCUUGAGAGCAGAGCUCCUAAACUGCAAAAAUUUGGUUAUGCCACCCUCAGAGCAGCAACUGAUAACUUCUCGAGUGAAAAUAAGAUUGGAAAGGGUGGAUUUGGACCUGUUUACAAGGUAGGCCUUACUAAAGCUAAUGAUUUGCAAAUAUGAUUUCCUUUUUGUUUCAUUUGCAAAUCAUAUGAAGCAUGAUUAAGUGCCAGAUACGGUCCUUUGCUCAAUAACAUGUGUUUGUAGUGUUCAAAUGUGAGCAAGGAAAAUAACUCACCCCCUUUUUCAUACUCCUUUUGCUCAAGAAUAUGUGGUCUUUUCCGUGUAUGGACUUGACUUAAUACUGAGAAUGUAAAAGUAAUGGGACCUUCCUACCAUUGCUACGAGAGAGCAGAUAUUUCCAUAUGUUGAUUGAAGGUAUGUCAGCUUUAUCUCCAGCAGCUAGCAGCUGGUUAGUUUAUACCCACAAUUUCAAUCACUUAGUUGGAAUCAACCAGAGAGUACAUCCCAUUAAGGUACAUGUCCCCUCUAAUUAAGCAGAAAGAUUUGGCAUCACAACCCAACACGAUAAGCUUGAUAUAUUUAGAGAUGCAGC